CCAAUGGCAGCUGGGAACUCCUCUGUGACCGUGUUCCUCCUUGCUGGCCUGACAGACCAGCCGGGACUCCAGCUCCCUCUCUUUUUCCUGUUCCUGGGAUUCUUCAUGAUGACGGUGCUGGGGAACCUGGGCUUGAUCACCCUGAUUGGGCUUAACCCUCGCCUGCACACCCCCAUGUACUUCUUCCUCUUCAACCUCUCCCUGAUAGACUUUUGUUACUCCACUACAAUCAUCCCCAAAAUGUUGCAGAGUUUCAUCUCAAAGAAGAACCUCAUCCUGUACUCUGGGUGUCUAACUCAGCUCUUUUUCUUCUGCUUCUUCGUCAUCUCUGAGUCCUUUGUGCUGUCAGCGAUGGCUUAUGACCGCUAUGUCGCCAUCUGCAAACCACUGGUGUACACGACCACCAUGUCCCCUCAGGUCUGUCUGACGCUCUUGUUAGGGGUCUAUGUGAUGGGGUUUUCCGGGGCCCUGGCCCACACGGUGAGCAUCGCGAGUCUGACCUUCUGUGCCAACAACCUUGUGAACCAUUUCAUGUGCGAUAUCCUUCCCCUACUCGAGCUGUCCUGUGACAGCAAUUUCGUGCACGAGCUGGUGGUCUUUGUUGUUGUCGCCAUUGACAUUGGUGUGCCCAUUGCCACCGUCUUUAUAUCCUAUGCACUGAUCCUCUGCAGCAUUCUCCGGAUUCCCUCCACGGAGGGCAAGUCCAAAGCCUUUAGCACCUGCAGCUCCCACAUCAUUGUGGUUUGCCUGUUCUUCGGUUCUGGGGCCUUCAUGUAUCUCAAACCACCUUCUCUUUUGCCCCUGAACCAAGGGAAAGUGUCUUCUCUCUUCUAUACCAUUGUGGUGCCCAUGUUAAACCCACUAAUCUAUAGUUUGAGGAAUAAGGAUGUCAAAGUUGCCCUGAGGAAAACCUUGGGAUUAAAACUCAUUUCUUGA